GACAGCCCAUUAUAACCCACCACCAGACGGAGAUUCUCGAACUCAAGGCUCGGUUGAUCACUCUGAAGAAGGAGCAGUUAGUGCGCAUGAGCUAUGCCGACAUCCACAACGCCUACCGCCAGAACGCCCUCUCCAAGUUACUCUCCAUUUUCAACAGCCUAAGACCGAGCGGUGACUGUGAUGUGUAUGUGACCACUCUCAUGGAGAAUCACCGGAGCUUCUUGCACCAGGUGGUUACGCAAUACGUUAAGGCGUUUCAGGCACGCUGUGAACGGGGUGACCGUGCAGGAGUAUUUAAGUGCUCCUGA